UCUCUCGUCUCUCGUCUCUCGUAUUCUCAUGAUAUGGACGUGUCACCAUUGGACUCUUGCUGCUGGCAUUUUCUAAAUGAACGUCUCUAAGCUUGUGGCAAUCUUGCCAUCGGCUUCCGAACUUCGUGCAAGACAUGGCUUCGGGUGAUGAUAGAGACUAUGCGCAGAAUCCCAGAGCCAGUCUGCGCUAUUCAUCUUACAUCGAUCCAUCCACGGGCGCAAGGCUAAGCAGGACAUUCACCUUACACAGUUUGGACAAUGAUAGCGACGAAGAUGAACGACAUGAUGCUAGCGAGACGGCUCCCCUCCUCCAACCAUCGCAUGCAUCUCACCAGAACGGCGGGUCAUCAUGGCAGAAGAGGUUGAAGAUCAAGAGUAAGGAAUAUGCUGGGAAUGUUUGGGACUUCUUACGGUCAGACACGGGUAAAGGAAUCUUCAAAUUCGCACUGGCAUACCUCUUGGGCAGUCUGGCGACCUUUGUUCAUCCAUUGAGCCACCUCUUUGGUCGGCAGAAUUCGAAGCACAUGGUUGCCACGAUCACAGUCUACUUUCAUCCGGCGAGAUCACUCGGGAGCAUGCUCGAUGCUUUUUUUCUCGCUACGACGGCCUUCCUCUACACUGCCGUGAUCUCUUUAUUGAGUAUGAGUGUCGCUGCAUUCUUUUCCGAUGUCGUCCAUCUGAUCGAGCUGGGGCACGCUAUCGUAUUGAUCGUCUUCCUGGGUGGAGGCCUGUCUUUCGUGGCGUGGGUCAAGCUGAGGAAGAACGAUCCUCUGGUAAACAUCGCAUGUUCCCUGGCGUCACUCGGUAUCAUUACGAUUCUCACCAAAGAAGGAGCUAUUCAGGCUGGAGAUUACUCAGUAAAGACAAUCACGCAGAUUCUCAAAAUGAUCGUCGCCGGAGUGAUCGUAACGACUCUGGUCUCAAUCCUGAUAUUCCCUAUCUCCGCCCGAGCAAAGCUGAAGAAAAUUCUCCUUGAUUUGACCGACUCGCAAUCUGAUAUGCUUGCACUGAUCACAAGUAGCUUUCUAUCUGGAGACGAAACAGAGUUGGAAAACAGCGUUAUUGUUGGGAUCAACGAGCGGCACAAGAAACUCUCAUCUACGGUAGCCCAGAACUUGAAGGAGUCUAAAUACGAGCACUACCUGUUGGGUACGGAGCGGCAAGCAUUCAUCGAGACAAGGCUAGGACUCUGCACUCAACGCAUUUCUCAAAGUAUAGGCGGCCUGAGGAGCGCUGCAGCUAUGCAAUUUGUUGUCAUCAAAGAGCCGGCAUUUGGCUCAGGAGCACGCUUCGAAGGUAUUGGCAACACCACGCCUCUCUGGAUGAACUCACUUCAAGGCUCCAAGACUGUUGAUGAUGAUCAAAGUGCUUCUCCUGCCGACGGUUCACACAAGGACUUGUCCGAACCAGUCCGCUCACCUGCUCAGAUCUUCGAGCUGUUCAUUCAGAAUAUGGGUCCUGCGAUGCGGUCGCUAGCUUUCACGCUGAAGGAGAUCCUGGAACAUUACCCAUUUGAUGCUUCCCGGAAUUACGCGGUCAUGGCCAAUCCAAAAUUCAAAAUCAGCCUCGAACGUGCUUUGGACCUGUACAAGAACAGCCGCCAGAAGUCCAUCGCUGCUCUUUAUGGGCGGAAAGAUAUGGAUCGUUCGCGACCAUUUACAGUCCAAGCCGACUGGGAAGAUGCUGCAGCAUGCUGCGGACAUUUCUCCUUCUCACUCGUACAGGUGGCUGAGGCUAUCAAAGAGUAUCUGGUCAUCCUUGACGAGUUGCAAUUGGAGGUGAACGAGCUGCCUGCUGGUCGAACCUGGCAUUGGAUGAAGUUCUGGCGGUCGAUCAAGAUGGAGGACGAAUUCCACAGCCUUGAUCCUGACUUUGCGGAAAUCGUGAAGAGAAGCGGCGAAUUGGACCUCCAUUUCACGAGCAGGCCUAUCAAGGGGGCUCGCCAACAGGAGAUCUCAAUGUGGCCUGAUCGUUCUCGCGUCAAGCAGGUGUUCUUUCAGAAAAUAUACGAAAUCUCCUCCUUCCUGGGCCGCGAUGACAUCAAGUUUUCUCUCAAAGUAGGCUUUGGAGCUAUACUGUACGCUUUACCCAGCUUCGUGCCUUCAACGCGUCCCAUCUACUCACACUGGCGAGGCGAAUGGGGUUUGUUGUCUUACAUGCUUGUGUGCAGUAUGACAAUAGGUGCAUCGAAUACCACCGGCUUUUCGAGAAUACAGGGUACAUGCCUUGGGGCUGCUAUAGCCGUGGCUGCAUGGGAAGUGUCGAACGAGAACCCUUUCGUCCUAGGUUUCAUCGGCUUCAUCAUGGCAUUAUGGACAGCAUACAUCAUCAUCGGCAUGGGCAAAGGCCCCAUGGGACGCUUUAUUCUCCUGACCUAUAAUCUCAGUGCACUAUACGCGUACAGUCUUUCUGCUCAGGACGACGAUGAUGGUGGAGACGAAGAGGACUCGCGAAACAAUCCUUACAUUGUCCAAAUUGCCGGACAUCGCGUCGUAGCGGUGAUUUCUGGCACCAUCUGGGGCCUGAUCGUUACUCGGCUUAUUUGGCCAAUAUCCGCCCGACAGAAACUCAAAGAUGGCCUCUCGCUGAUAUGGCUGCGUAUGGGACUGAUCUGGAAGAGAGAUCCGUUGGCUACUCUCAUCGAUGGCGUCCAUCCUGACCGGUACAUGAAUCUGCGCGAAGAGUUCUAUCUUCAGAAAUUCCUAGGUAAGCUUCAAGGUCUGGCUGAAGCAUCGAAAAGCGAAUUCGAGUUCAAGAGACAAUUCCCGCAUGCGACAUACGCUCGGAUCCUCAAAAAGACAGCAGAAAUGCUGGAUGCUUUCCAUGCUAUGAACGAGGUCAUUAUGCAGGAUCCCAAUGCAUCGCCUGGAGAAGAAGCACUGCUCAAAGCCACAGCUAUUGAGCGAGCGCAGCUCUGCGGGAGGAUCAGUCACUUGUUCAGCGUUCUUGCCAGUUCGAUGAAAUUGGAAUACUCGAUCCCCAGCGAUGAUCUGCCAAGUAUAGAGCAUACCAGGGACAGAUUGCUGGCCAAAGUCUUUGCCUAUCGCUGGAAUGACGCGCAGGAGCAGAAAAGCCGAGACGAGGAUUAUAGUCUGCUGUACACAUAUGCUCUGGUCACUGGACAACUCAACCUUGGGAUACAGGGUGUGUUGAGGGAGGUUGAGGAGCUGUUUGGUAUCGUGGACGAGGAGGCUCUCAGGCUUGAAUGAAAGAAUCCACCGAGGCAGCGAUCGAUCACUAACAGCCAAAAAUAGGGUUCUUUGCUUGUUGCCUGUGUGUCACUUUAUUUGGUUCGCUUUCGUGACACAACCAUGUACGGAGUACAUCUCUAGCAAAUGCUCGACAGUCGUGGAACCGGCCCCUACGCCCCCCCAUACGGGCUUUCUGCUCGCGUUUUGCUACGUUAAUGCAUGUCGAUAUCAGGGCUUGCAUCACUUGGAUUACCCUUCUUCGUUGGGUGAUACGAGGCUGGGGCUAGGGCAUGGGUGCGAAUCUACUGUAAUGACCCGCGGCCACAGCCCGGCAGGUGCCUGCGCCCAGAAAUCAAACGCAGUGGAAACGCGUCAUGCCAAUGCCAAUGCCAAUGCCGAACGCCCCGGGCUCCGGGCUCCGGGUUGCCUUUAAACGCCUAACUUACGCCUAGAGCCUCGUGAC